UCUACAUCUGAAAACAGGAGACACGUGCACGUUAAUAAGUCAUUAGAGCUGCAGCGAUGGCUGCCAUCUACUCAGGUAUCCAUCUGAAGCUGAAGAGUCCUCAGACUCCAUGGGAAGACAAGUUGAAGCUGGCACGUUUCGCCUGGGUCUCCACUCAGUGCCUGCUGCCCAACAAGGAACAGGUGCUGUUGGACUGGUGCACCCACGCUCUGACAGGCCGCUACAAUCAGAAGGUGGAGUUCUCUCAGGAUGUCCUGGAAGGACUGUGGUGUUACCUCGACGAUCUGCUUCAUAGCCGGAAGCUGCACUCUCUCCUCAAGCAGGGCAAGACCAUCAGCCUGAGGCUCAACAUGGCACAGCUGCUACUGGAGCGUCUCCAGGACAGUGCACAUGUUGCCUCUACGUCUCCACUGUGUGUGUCCACCAUCCUGAGUGUGUGUCAGGGCCUUCUCUCUUCUCCUGCACUCUCAUCCGUCUUCACCACCAAGUAUGAACUCAUUGUGGAUCUGCUGGCUAAGCUCUGCUCUCUGGCCUGCCGUGAGCUACAGAAGCCAUCGUCUCCAGAAGCCCUGACGACUGAGUCUGCCACAUGUCAAGAUGAGCUGAUGACAGCGCGUCCUCACACUCAGCCUGCUGGUGAUUUAGACAGUUUCCAAAUUGAGCCGAUCACUGAAACUCCUCCUGAUCAGCCAGAGCUGGAUGCAGAUAAGUUCCUUCCGAGGCCGAAGGAGAACCUCCGAGCAGCUGGUUUGUUUGAGGUGUUGCUUCAGGCGCUGACAUGUUAUUUGUCAGUUCAGCGACAACAAGCCAAUCCAAACCGAGUCUUCACCAUGGUAACCAACCAGCUGAUCCAACCGUUGGUGCUACUUCGACACCUGCUGACCUCGGGGGAGUUUACACCUUCUCACACACAUCUGCGUCUCCGUCAGCAGCUGUCCAGAGACAUCCGCAUCAAGAUAGAGUCCACGCUGCAGGCAGCUCUCUUCCCCUCUGAGCACCUGAACGCCUACAAGGAGGAGCUUCUUCCAUCUAAAGAGGAGUCUGGGAAACGUGCCCCUGGAGGGGCCAAAGGCCCCUUGAAGCCAGUCAGUGCCAUACUUUCUAAACUGACUGCUGAGGGCUGGUGUGAGCCGUCGGUCCACUACCCUGUCAAGUCCAACACAUUGUCUCUGCUGUUUAAGUUCUUCCUGGAAAGCUACAGAAAAGGGAGAGGAGAGAGUGAGGAGGCCCACAGGAUGCUGUGUUUCUGUUUCCUCACCAGGUUGGUCCCAGCCUUGGACUUAAGUCUCCAUGGACAUUCACCCUCUGCAUCCCCUUGGCAGGAGUGUCCGCCAGGUGUGCCAGAGAGCUGGAGCCUGGCUCUGCUGGCUGUGGAGGCCCUAGUCAGCCAGGCUCUGGCAGCUGAUAUCUAUAAUGUAGCAGCAGACAGGAUCAGACAUGGGGAGGCCCAGCUCAAGUUCUACAGAGCUCUGGCUCAAAUGCUGUUCAACCAGUCACAGCCAAGCAUCCCAGCAUGGUACCGCUGUUUGAAGGUGCUGCUGAGUCUCAACCAUCUGAUCCUUGAACCAGACCUGGACCAGCUGCUGUCUUCAGCCUGGGUGAACUCUGAAUGCAUGGACGCGCGAGUGCAACGGGCCAGACAGCUCAUGGUGUGCAGUCUCCUUCAGACUUACACUAAGCUACGUCAGCUGCCCCGCCUCUCCUCUGAGCUGCUGUCUGUCAUCUGUCAGCCAGCACUGGACGACCUCCGACCUCCUCUGCUGUCUGAGGCCGUCUCUGUAACGCUCAGAACCUGUCUUCUGGACACGCCCCCUUCCCAGGGCCUAGAGAUCUGUACAUUAGUGCUGGAGAGCAUCAGGAGCUGUAUACUACCUGAUCUGGUGAAGGAGGAAACGGAGGCAGAGGAGAUGGAGGUCGAUGGUGAAGGAGACGAUGAAGAGAAGGAUAAAGAAAUCAAGGCGGAGCCGAGGAGAGAAGAUGCAUCUCUGAAGCUGUUCUGCCUCAGCCAGCUGCUUCAUGUUGUCCUGUUCAGUGUGAAGACUCUAGACAACGCUUCUCCUCUUCCUGUCGUCAGGAAGAGUCGAGGUUUGAUGGAGGAGAUGCAGCAGGUCGUCAAGGAGUUACUGCAGCUGCUCUCUACUGAAAAAAAGACAGUAAAGAAAAAGACCCAGAGGAAAGGGAAAAAGAAUGCGGACCGCAAAGAGUCAGAGGUGUCAGAGCCUGAAACAGGAGCACCGUGGGAACUGAAGACCCAGGAGGCGGCCCUCCUCCUCAGGUACACCUGGGUAGAAGUCGACACACUCUUUAACAUCCACUGCAGCAAAUACACGUGUCUCGAUGCGCCCCAGGCAGCAGCUGCCAGUGAAGCAGAAGGCUGUGCUCCAGUACCAACAGCUAUAGAAAGCCUCCUAUCUGGUGAGGGUGUUCCAGCACGUCUGCAGUCGUCCUGCAGCCCCAUGAGCCGUUUGCUGCUCAAACGCCUCGCUCUGCAACAGAUGAAGAAAGUUUUGUUAGAUACGUCUUUACUUUCUGAACCCAGCACGGCAGCACUGCUAAAGCUGGCAGCUCAGUUUAUUUUAGCUAAAUCCGAGUUGGAGGCAAGCGCGGAUGGAGAGCAGGAAUGGGACGGGCAGAUAGCGAGUGUGGACGCCAGCUCCCGCCUCGUAGCCCACUGGUACCUGCUCACAUCCAACCUGCCACUGAUCACUCGCUACCUGAGUGGAGACGAAGUGGGCCGCGUGGCAGAUGUACUUGUCAGUUCGCUCCACGGCAGACACCCUGGCAGUGGAGAGGAGCGUCCGCCCGGCUGUCUCACUGUCCCUGACAUAUCUUCACAACUCCUCCACAGCCCUCUUCUCGCUGAGUUGCCUUCGCUGUUCUCCGCCACGGUUUGUUCCAUCACACAAAGGAUGUUGAGCGUUCUCAAGGCAGCUCAUGUUCCCAAGGUUUGUCCUACACUGAAGGAAGAAACUGGAGCUUUAGAGAGAGACGCCAGUCAUCCUCUGUCCACAUUUGUGCAAAAAGAGACUAUAGUUGAGGAUAUUUUGCGAGCCUCAAAGGCUGGAGAGCCGUCUGUACUGCUGACUGGCACACAGAGCAAAGACCUGCUAGACCUGCUCCAAAUCUUAACAACCCUAAACCCAGACGGGAUGAACGCUGAGGAUCUCUCUUCUGUUUUCCUCCUCCUCUUCUUCAUGCUCACCUCCACCUCCAGUCAGCCUCCUGACUCUGGAGAUGACGCCAUCUUGUUGCUGAAGCUCUUCAGGAUCUUGACACGUCUCCUGGAAGGUAGAAACUUCCCAAGUGUUUUGAAGCUCAUGCACGGCGGCACUCUGCUGCAAUCGUCCGUGUCUUCUCUACUUUGGCGGAGCAACAAUGGAGGAUUCGGAGCCACGGGCAGUUGUGAUUGGUUGGAUUUAAUCAGAGCGGUACAGGGCUUCAUCAGGUCUUUGGUCCAGUUGAUUAUAAUCAGAAACAGCAGUGUUAGACUCAAUUUAGACCAGUUUGCCUCCUAUCUUACCAGCAAGGAAAUGACAAACCCAGUGGCACCCAGUUCAGGUAAACCAGAUCCAGGAGCGUCUAUUUCCUCCGUUCACAUCCUGCUGGCGUCCCUGACGUCUUUCUCCCAGGCAAUGACCUCCAACCUGGGGAGGAGUAAACCAAUGGACCAGACUUUGACCCAGAUGCUCACAAGAACCACUGCUUCACUGGGACCAGCUGUGGAGUGGGUCUUGAAGCCCCCAAGCCAGUCAGACAUCCAGCCGGCCAGCGUCCUGGGUCAGGCCUUUGUGGUAGAAGUUGUUGCGGUCAUGCUGCAGUGUGAACUGUCCUCGCUGUCAGCAGAGGAGAAGCAGCAGCAGCAGCAGCUCAGCCUGAGGCACAGGAGCCUCUACCAGGGCUUCUGCCAGCAGAUCCUCAAAGAAACAAGCUGCGCCCACCGGCCGCUGGACUUCCUGGUUUCUUGUCUCCAUUUCCUGUCUGCUUUCUACAAAGCAGUGGAGAAGACGAGAGGAGAAAGGGAGGAGGAGCCAGGAGAGGAGGAGAAAGGGCAGGAGCUGGACCAGCUCUACAUGCAGAUCCUGCAGAGUGUGCACAGACUGCUGACAGCUUCUUGGCUGUCUUCGAGUGAUGUCUGUGAGCUGGAGCCGGCUGUGCAGGAGCUGCUGCGCCACCUGCUGGAGAGAAGUACAACAAGUCGCUUCAACCUGCUGCUGCUGCUGAUCAGAGAGGGGCUGGACGCUGGCAGGCUGAGGGCCGGGGGCCACAGGGAGGUGCUACCUGCAGUCAUCAUCAUUAAGCUGCUGUCCUGCUGUCAGUUACCUGAGCCCUGCGCUAAAGCUCUGUGGCUCAUUGCACCACAGAUAAUAUCUGCUAUGGUGUUCUUAGUGAAAUCGUCCUCUCUGGACAUUUCUCUGACCCUUCCCUUCACCGUUCCCACGGUGAUGUCAAUGACAUCACUGCUGCGCCAGGGGGAGGGGCUCAUCACCAACCCCCAUCAUGUCACCUUGGUCCUCGGAGCGCUCCAGGCGGUGCCCCUCGACCACUUGACCCCACCUGUCUACCACUCAGCGUUCCUGGCCGUUCACGAGGCACUCUUCGCCAUCAUCCAGUGUCAUCCUCAGGUGAUGUUGAACGCUGCACCGCCAUUCUUAAAUGUCUUCUAUCGACUGGUGGCGUCCAUCAUGCAGGAGGGUCGGCAGAGAGGAGACAGUGACACAGAUGGUGACGUGUUCCUCCAGUGCUCCAGGUUGAUAGAGAGGAUGUACUCUCACAUUGCUGCCACAGCUGAGAGCUUCACCACACUGUCAGCCUUCAUGGUGGCUCAGUACGUCACAGAGCUGCAGAAGGUCACUCUGCGACCAGACGUGAAGCUGCAUCUGACUGAGGGGAUCUACGGGAUACUGGACCUGUGUUUGGAGCAGGAUAUCAAGUUUCUGACAGCCGGCCUGCAGGCGGGAGUCAGAGAAGUGUUCAAUGAGCUGUACAGCAGCUACACACACUACCACAAAGCCCAGAGGCAAGGGGAGGACAAGUACACUGUGUGAACUGUCUCAACCUUGAGUUCAGAUUUCACUUUAACCCUUUAUCGGGCGAAGAACUAUAUUUGGUAACUUCAGUGGAUAUCUAAAUGAGGUCCCCAAGUCUCUCUGUUUGGUCAUAGAACCACAUGGAUUUCUUCCAGCUAAUCAGCAAAGAUCAGGCUACGUCACAGACAGUGACACCAUGACAUCUGACCAAUCAGUAUGAUAAUAAUAUAAUAAUAUUAACUUUAUUGACAUGGACCUCCAAUGUAAAAAUGAAAAAUUUAGGAAAAAAAUCUGCAAGAAACAGUCGUACAAACAGUUAUUCAGAGUUAUUCUUCAGUGACUUGUACGAGGAGAACUUGACUAUGACGGCAUAUUAAGUAUGAAUAAAAAUAAAGAUACAAACCUGGGGGGGGGUAACAUUUCGAGAAAAAAGUUGCAGAUUUACUAGAUUAAAGUGGCAAAUCUACAAGAAAAAAAGUUGCAUAUUUACUAGAUUAAAGUGGCAAAUCUACAAGAAAAAAAGUUGCAUAUUUACUAGAUUAAAGUGUCAAAUCUACAAGAAAAAAAGUUGCAGAUUUACUAGAUUAAAGUGUCAAAUCUACAAGAAAAAAUAGUCACAGAUUUACUAGAUUAAAGUGGCAAAUCUACAUGAAAAAGAGUCACAGAUUUACUAGAUUAAAGUGGCAAAUCUACAAAAAAAAGUCACAGAUUUACUUGAUUAAAGUGGCAAAUCUACAAGAAAAAAAGUUGCAGAUUUACUAGAUUAAAGUGGCAAAUCUACAAAAAGAAAGGCACAGAUUUACUGAUUAAAGUGGCAAAUCUCCAAGAAAAAAAGUCAGAUUUGCUAGAUUAAAGUGGCAAAUCUACAAGAAAAAAGUUGCAGAUUUACUAGGUUAAAGUGGCAAAUCUACAAGAAAAAAUCACAGAUUUACUAGAUUAAAGUGGCAAAUCUACAAGAAAAAAAGUCGCAGAUUUACUAGAUUAAAGUGGCAAAUCUUCAAGAAAAAAAGUUGCAGGUUUACGAGAAAAAAGUAGGAAAAAAAAUGUUUUCUUGCAGAUUCACCACUUUAAGUCUCAUAAAUCUGCACAUUUUUUCUCGUAGAUUUGCCACUUUAAUCUCUUAAACUUUUUUUUCAAAAUAUCACCCCCCUCCCCCGGGUCUGUAUGUUUUUUUUACACAUUCUGACUGUAUGUAAUAUCCUUCAAUAUUCUCUAGGGUUGAAAUUUGGAAUUUGCAAGUAUUUCAAUGAGGAUUAAUUAACUUACAAGAAAUGUUCUUACUGGUGAAGGACUGUUGAUAUGUAGUUUCUCCUUUUGAUUGGGACAUCAGACAAAACAGUUUGAUGAUACAAUCCACUGUACACACAGUCUACAUACUGUUGUCACUAAGAAAGCAGUUUGUUUUUACCCCUCAAACACAUUCUGUUGUUCAGAAAAAAGGAAUACCUCACCCUCAAAAUGAUCAUUUUCACUCCCCGUUACCUGUAUGGCAGGGGUCAUCAACUGGUGGCCCGGGGGCCAUAUACAGCCCGCCAAAGCUUCUAGCCGGGCCCCCGCAGAGUGAUAGCCUAAUGAUUUCAGAAAAUAUGAGAAGGAAAAAAUGUGUUGUUAUUUAGCAUAUUUACCAUGAUGUUUCUUUAACCAUCACUCCUUACUGAACUGCCUCCUUGGUGGAAGUCUGAAAGCAUUUUAUUUAUUUCAUUUAAGUAUAUAGUUAUCAAUAUGGAUUUCCCAUGUUUAUUAGGAGUCUGUUGACACUGAUAUGGGUAAAUAAAAAUAGCAUGAAUUUAGUAAGAAAGUGGAAAUAUCAAACAACGAAAGUCUAACUGGACGUAUGUUGUAUUUAAUUUAUUUGAAAGUUUGGCCCCCACAGUGUUAGUUUAGAGAAAGUGUGGCCCUUGGACAGAUGUAGUUGAUGGCCCCUGCUCUAUGGUAAACAAAGCAAAUGAAAAAUGAAAACAGCAAACAGCAAAACUAUCAAAACACUGGUUAACAAACUCUCACAACAUGUGCAGUUUUUCUUGUUAAUACAUCUGACUUAAUGACGUGUGUAUCCCUAUUGAAUAAAUGAUGUAUUUUUAUAUUGUGUGUGGCAGUUUUAAGCCUGAUUCUUUCAGAGAUUCAGAGUGAAUCAGACUUGUGAACAAAUAAAAAAAUCUAUGAAAAUAUAAUUCACAGUGGUCAUGGGUCCUACUUUUGUAUCUUAUGAGUACAAGGCGUUUGUGCUUCAGUCGUCUCUGUUGUAGGAGGAUGUCCACAUAAAAACACAGCAGAGUGGAGGAAGUGGACCUGCACACAGUCUGCUGGACAGUCAAGAAGUCCCUCAUCAUGGAUCUAUUAUUUUUUUUUUAUUUAUUUUUUUUUUUUUAAACAUUUAUAUUUAUUGAGCGCUGAUAGUACAGGACAUGUACAUAAAUACAACAUUCACAAAAGAAAACUUUGGACCAAUGCACAUCAUUUUUUGUCUUUUGUAUGAAUUACCCCCCCGACCGGGGGAGGGUAAUUCAUACAAAAUGCUUUGUUUUCUAGUCUGGAUGUCUUGAAGAAGUCUGGAUUUGGUGCUUUUGGAGUCUCCGGAGGGUUAAGAAAACAGAAUAUUACAUUAAAUUCUGCUCAUAAAAACAAUACUAUACUAACUCCAACAGCCGCAUGGCAAAUGAAAGUUGUUGAUACCCUCAAGUGAUUAAAUAUUCAAAUAGAGCAAGUGUAAAUAGUUAAAAGGAUGCUGGUAGAAUGAUCAGACCCACAGGAAUUAACAGCUUAAUGUUUGUUUAGUGCAACACAAAGCUUCUACAGGCUGCUUCCACUACACCAACACACUGCCACCAUGACAAUCACCUGUGUUUGUGUUACAUUAAUGUUUCAAUAGGAUAUUUUAUUAUUCCAAUGAAAUGCUGAAUAAAUGUUGAUGUUUGUUAA